GAAAAGAAGGAAAGCUGGAAUCGAUACAUCAGCGCUUUGGUACAUGCUUAUAACUGUACUAAACAUGAUAGCACUGGAUUUUCACCCUAUUUCCUAAUGUUUGGGCGCGAAGCAAGGCUUCCUGUAGACCUACGUUUUGGUGUUAGCGUAGAUGGAGUCGGAAACGUGGAUCAUUUAAAAUAUGUCAAAGAUUUGAAAGAUCAACUAACCCGUGCUUAUAAGCUGGCAUCUGAGGAAGCGGCAAAGUCAGCACGUAAAAAUAAAGUUCGACAUGAUUUAAAAGUAAGUGUUAACGAUCUCCACCCAGGCGAUAGAGUAUUAGUUCGUAAUUUAGGACUACAAGGUAAACACAAACUCGCCGAUCAUUGGGAUUCUAUAGUGCACAUCGUCACUGAGAGAAUAAGUGAAGACAUGCCUGUCUAUCGUGUGAAGCCUGAAUCCAAGGGUGGUCGAUCUCGAACAUUACAUCGAAACAUUUUACUCCCUAUAGAUUAUUUGAACACAGACACUCCACAAGUGACACAAACCAAACAAAAGGUAAUUCGCCCAAAUACAAGGGCAAAAGCAAAAGUUGUCCCUUUUCUUGAUAAAGAUGAAGAAAGUCCCUAUGAAUCUAGUGAUGAAGAGAUAACCGUGUUACUUCCAAUUCCAGAUAUACCUAUUCCGGAAUUGCCUAAAGUUCCCGAAACUACACCUGAAUUUCCUUUAGAUCCAGGAGCCCCAGAAUAUGUUCCUAGGGUAACGCCAAUUUUGUCUCCCUCUGCUGGUCCUGAAAAUGGCUCUAUUGAUAUGUGUUCUGAUGACAUGUCACUUUGUCAGAGUAUAGAUUCCAUGGCCCAAUCAGCUCGUGAUGAAAACGUUUCAGAAGCAAGUGAAAUUGUAGCAGAUGUAGAGCCAGCUGUAGUUGACUCACCGAUAUCGUCUGUUGUUUCCAGUUCGGAGCCAUCUGUUCCUCUACUUGACUCUCCGGUCAUCUGCCCUGACCCUAUCCUUACCCCUUUACCAGAUCCUACAGUGGCCCCUCAACUUGCUGAACAAUUAGUGCCGGCUAGUGGUAUUCCAAUUGAUACGCCAAAUGAUACUCUGACUGAAACCCCUCCCGAUGAACCAGUUGUCACCGUUGAUUCUAACGAAAACGAACUUGGGUUUGAGCAGCCUGCUAAUAGUUCAAUAAUAGACAAAGCCGAGCCCAUGCAACCUUUUGAGCCCGUCUCAGUAAUUGAUGCUACCGGAGAUACGCCCUCUAUGUCUUCUUCCCCGGAGGUAAAUUACGUUAGGCGCUCAACUAGAGUGUCACAGCCACCUGAAAGAUUAAGGUUCGAAUCCCAAGGAAAACCUGUCUUUAGUCGUCAAGUUCGAACCGGAGUUUUUACAAAGUUAAAGAGACAUGUAUUUGGAUGUUAAAUUUUACUCCGAUACUUCAUGGCAGACUCUAGCGAUAAUUUUGAUUUUCUAUGUUUUUUCAUUCUUUUUUGAUUGCUCCCGGAGGUAGCAAUUUAAGAAAGGGGAGGAUGUAACCCAGCCAUUUUAAGGCUGUGUUAUACUGACUCUAGUUUUGUUAGGAACCUUAUUUUCAUUUACAUACAAUGAAGAUGUGCAAGGCCGUAUGGGAGGUAAAAAUUCUUCAGGUAGAUGGCAAACUAAUUAUCAGGGAGUAGCUCCCAUUUAAUUAAUUAGAUAGAAGGUCCCACUUGGCUAGAAGGUUGCAUCUGGACACCCAUUAUAUUUUUGCCUGGUAACAAUUACUGACCAAUAGUGGUCAGUGUAGGUCAUGUGACAGGGCCUAUAUUAGGGCUUGUCACCAAAGUUCUGUCUCUUUUUCUGCCUUUUACAAUUGGAAGCGCUGGUCGUUUCAAACUGCCGAUCUAUACAACUUUAUAUUUUUUUACAAAGUAC